CAAGUAUUGACUGCUCCUUCUAUGCAAACAAAUCACCAAAAUGAAGGGUACAAAGAUUGAUCCAAGCUUUUACCGUCUUCCAAGAAACCCAGAAUGGGCUUUGGUGUCUGCUCUUAUGUUUGUGUUUUAUCUUACACUAUUCCACCCAGACAGCAUCAUUGUCGACUAUCUGGGACCUGUCGGGACAUUCAUGAGAUACAUGAACAAGGAGAAACUGUCACUCUGCUAUAACAUCCUGUAUGCAACUGUUGUGAUCCACAUAGCAGAAGCAGUAUACUCCUUCAUUUUGUGCAGGAGGAAGGGCUUGAACCCACUCCCGACCUGCCUAUGGACUGUACAGACAUUUAUAUUCGGCUUCCCUUCCCUGCGGGCUUUUAAAUCCAUCAAGAACAUUAAGCAGUCCUGAGCAUGCACGUAUAAAGCUAGCCUGGUUCUCGACAUUACUAUGGGUUACCCAGACCCUCGUGUUUGGUUUCCCGGCUCUAACCCAGUUGACAGGGAACCGAUCAACAGUGCUCUCAUUAGUUUCAUUUGAUUUUUUCCUUAAUUUAUUCGUCAUUUACAUGUUGAUGUAAUUUAAGCAGAAUCUGUAACUAUUUGAUUUGUUUUUGAAUGGUAUGUUAUUAUAAUGUUUACAUGUUAAAAUUUUAAUUUGGAUAUCAUGUUAUGUAUUUUUAUGACCUAAGUAACAAUUAUCUGAUUAUAGUAUAUCGCAUGGUAUUCAAUUAUAUUUUUACAUUUUGAAAUUUAGUUUUUAUAAUUUCUUUCAAGGUAUUAUCUAGAUUUUAAUUUAAGCUUUUGUUAUCAGUUAAUUUGCAAAAUAUUUCUAUGAUAUAAAAAAUAAUAUAUUACAUUUAUUUAAUUGCUUAAACGACCAUACCACAGUGAAUAUAUGUUAAGCUUAGUAAACAAAAUAUUUCAAUCUGAAAGAUGGAUGCCCUAUAUAUCUCCCUGGUGACGUUAAACAUAGAAACAAUUUGGCAUGGCCUGAUGUAGAAUACCAGGAAUGAAGUAAGAAGAAAACUUAUGUAUUUAAGUGUUGAACUUACUCAGGAACAAUGUUAUACAGGUAGUUUAAUUUUAGAUUCUAUGCAAGUAAAUGUCACAUGUUUGAUUGAAUAGUUUACACGAAAUAAAAAUCAGGCUUAUUGAAUGAUUUAUUUGCUUUAUAUAUUGUGAACAUACAUUUGUGAUUUAUUCAUUCUUAAUCAAUAUUUAUAUCAUAUGUGACAUAAAUAUUACCGGAAUAAAUUAAAUG